CUACUAGGUAUGUAAAAUAACACAACUUUCUUUAAUUUAAAAAAUGUAAAUAAGUACUGUGACAUCUUUAGAUGGACUACUUGAUCGACAAAGAAACAUACCUAUGAAAAUAUAAUUAACUUGUCCUUGGUAAAGAUAUUUUAUGCAAACAGAGGAUAUAUACUGUCUGUCGUAUAUAUAAAAUACAUCGAAACUAAUAACAGGCUUAGCUAAACUGAAAUGAAUAUUGCUUUGAUAAACACGAUAGAAACUUUGAGAUAUGACAAGCACAGAAGUUAUACAUCUCAUGAAGACAUAAAAUGAAUGCUUCAUAAAGUAUUAAGCUGCACAAUACUAGGUUAACAAUUUCUUGUCACUACUAUGGCGUAAUCUUAACUAAUAGAAUUAAAUUGUUAAUACCAAAUGAUGAAAAUAUGCUGAACAUUGCAAUACUGUGUUUGAGCUAUUAUGUAAAUUGUGUGUCCUGUUUAUCUCUCACCUCUCCUGCUAUAAGUGAAGAAGUUGUUGGUAGAUCUGUUACUAUUACAUAUGUUACUGAUUUUGCUGAUGCUGCUAAUAAUGUUGUUGUAAAUUUUAGAAUUAUUUAUAAUGACUCUCAGAUUGCUGAAGGUACUAAUAGAUUGUUUGAUAAAACUCCUCCCACACCAUUUGGUAAUCGACUACGUACAUCUACAUCGUUACAAAAUCAAAAGAAGUAUAGCCUGCAUAUAGAAAAUUUAAAAUAUAACGAUACUGGAUUAUACUUCGCAGAAAUCAGAAUUUUUGACCCAAAUCUUAAAGCGAAUAGCACUACGAAGUUGAUUAUUUAUGGUGGUCCAACCAUAAUAUCAAACUUGUCAUCCACCUAUACCGUAGAGGAAAAUACAACAGAUUACAAAUUACCUAUAAUUUUACAAGGACAUCCAAAACCACAAGUUACUUGGGAAUUUGUUGGAAACAAGAAUGUAAGGAUGGAGACAAUUGAUGAUAAAAAUAGAAAAUACAAAUACAUUCUUACUAUACCAAUUAUCACGAGAGAAAUGAAUGGAAAAGUACUCAGUUAUAAAGCAGUUGGUUAUAACGACAACAAAGUUGUUGGAAGUACAAAGCUAAAUGUUACGUAUUCUCCAACAUUCUGUGGCGCUAUUGUGAAAGAAUUUAUUGAAUUCGCUAAUGUCGCCUCUGCUAUGUUUACUACACAUGUAUGUGGUAAUCCUAUGCCCACUGUCUCUAUGGAAUUUGGUGGUCAUUCUGUUGCUACCGUCCUACUUGCAGAAAAGGAUAAAUACAAAUACACUGUAAAUUUAACACCGUACCUUUUGCCAAGUAGAUGUGGAAAAAAGCUUAUCGUUACUGCUAAAAACAAUAAAGGUGAAGGAACCAGUAGAAUUGUGCUAAAAUACAAAUUGACUCCUGAAAGUGUGAAAAAUGUUAAUUCGACAGAAAAGGAUGGAUGUAUAUAUACUACAUGGGAGAAAGUCAAUACUGGUGAAUGUGCUGUAUCAUACAGAAUAGAUUAUUUUGAUAGCAGAGGUUUGGUUUUGUUUUCACAAAAUAUGUCAGAGGGUAUAUAUACUGCAUCAAUGUGUGACGAAAUUAUCAUUUCAAAGGUAAACAAUUUGCGAAUUAUAGCAGUACCCAACAGUAUAUUUAAAAUGCAAGGUAAUGGAACGAUUGUCAAAAUUGAUAAACCAACAGAUAAUGACAGUGCAGGCAUAGGAAUAAGAAUUGGUAUUGUUGCAGCUGUUUUAAUAUCAAUAUUAUUAGUUGUGCUUGUUGUGAUUAAAAGGAAGCAUUGUGGUUGUAGAAAGCAGGAGACCUUUUCAGGGGAAAACUCUGGCCAAGCAGAUCCUAAUGACACAUAUUACAACGUAGCAAACUUAAAUGCAGAAUAUUCAGAACUGAACAUUAUAAAUGUUCAACAUGAUUUAUACACAGGUCUAACAAAGACACCUGAAGAAAGUCAUUAUGAAGAUUUGAAGAAGAAAGAUAUCACAGAAAAUAUAUAUACUGAUCUUAAUAAUGAUACGUAAAUGGGUACAAAGUUUUUAAAUGUUCGUCAAGAUCGUAGAACUUAAGCAGUUAACCCAGACAAAGUAUACUUCAAGUUCAUUAUAGACAUUUUAAAAAAUUAAUGUAGCCUUUAUUUACCCUCAUUGUCGAUUAGACAGUACUUUUUUAAUAUAAACCUAACAGUAGUUUCUCUUGGAAUCAAGAGUUUUGAGCUCUCUUGAGUGAAUAGUUUAUUAUUUUGAAUGGCAUUAAAUAUAUACUUCUUUA